AUGUGGGUGAUAACCCCAAUAAAUGUGUCAACUACAUUCAGAUAUAAUGAGGACCCAAAUACUCUAACUGCAAUUGCAGACUUACCAAAUGGUUAUCCAGAAGGUGAAUUUGUCUAUUCAAGAUUAUCACAUCCAAACUCUGAAAAGGUGGAGGCUGUUUUCGAUAAAAUCCUUGGUGGUCACAGUGUUGUGUAUUCAUCUGGUCUUGGUGCUUUUAAUGGGUUGAUAACUCACUUCAAUCCUAAUCAAGUCGCAUUUGGUCAAUGUUAUCAUGGAGUUCAUGCUAUCUUAGAUAUACAAACAAGAAACCGUGGAUUAAAACAGUUAUCAUUGAAUGAAGAGGAUUUGGAAAAAUUACAACCAGGUGAUUUGAUCCAUAUUGAAACCCCUGUUAACCCAUUUGGUACUUCCUAUGAUUUGAAAUAUUUUGCGGAAAAGGCACAUUCUAAAGGUGCAUUAUUAUCUGUUGAUGCAACAUUCGCUCCACCACCUUUACAAGAUCCUUUCAAAUUUGGUGCUGAUAUUAUUAUGCAUUCUGCAACUAAAUAUUUUGGUGGUCAUUCUGACUUAUUAGCUGGUGUCUUAGCUGUUAAAAGCAAGGACGUAAAGAGAAGAUUGGUUGACGACAGAAUUUAUUUGGGUACAAACAUCGCAAAUUUGGAAAGUUACUUAUUGUUAAGAUCCUUAAGAUCAUUUGAUUUGAGAAUUUUGAAACAAUCUUCAAACGCUUUGAAAGUGGUUACUUUUCUUAACGAAAACAAACAUAGAUUUAAAAGUUUAGUUAAAAUCCAUCAUUCAUCAUUACAAACAGAACCAUACGUCAAGGAACAAUUAUCAAAUGGGUAUGGUCCAGUUUUUGCUAUAAAUGUCGAUAGUGAAGAAACUGCAAAGCAUUUACCAUCAAAAUUGAAGUAUUUUCAUCAUGCUACUUCAUUAGGUGGUGUUGAAUCAUUAAUUGAAUGGAGAGCUAUUACUGAUCCAUAUGUCGAGAAAACAUUAUUAAGAGUUUCUAUUGGUACCGAAGAUCCACAAGACUUGAUUGAAGAUUUAGAUCAAGCAUUUUCCUCCUUAAGCAGAGAUUAA